AUGAAGGCGGCGCCGGGCGGUGCCGAGGAAACGGAGAAGCUGAAUAAGAUGAGUACCCUCUUAGAAAGACUUCAUGCAAAGUACAACCAAAACAGGCCUUGGACAGAAACCAUGAAGCUGGUCCGUCAAGUCAUGGAAAAGCGAAUUGUGAUGAACUCUGGGGGGCACCAACAUCUGGUGAGCUGUUUGGAGACUUUGCAGAAGGCAUUAAAAGUCUCGUCUCUGCCUGCCAUGACAGACCGCUUGGAGUCCAUAGCCAGACAGAAUGGCCUUGGAUCUCACCUUAGCGCGAAUGGCACUGAAUGUUACAUCACUUCAGACAUGUUCUAUGUGGAAGUCCAGUUAGAUCCUACAGGGCUGCUGUGUGAUGUCAAGGUGGCUCACCAUGGAGAGAACCCCGUGAGCUGUCCAGAAUUGGUGCAACAUCUGAGAGAGAAAAAUUUUGAUGAAUUUUCUAAGCAUCUAAGGGGGCUUGUGAACCUGUAUAAGUUGCCGGGAGACAACAAACUUAAAACUAAAAUGUACUUAGCUCUGCAGUCCUUGGAGCUGGAUCUCUCAAAAAUGGCAGGGAUGUAUUGGCAAGCCACCAACGCAAAUCCCCUCGACAAGAUUCUUCAUGGCAGUGUUGGCUAUCUCACCCCCAGGAGCGGAGGUCUCCUGAUGAAUCUCAAGUAUUAUGUCUCACCCUAUGAUUUGUUUGAGGACGGCACCGGAGCCCCUGUUAUUUUGCAUGAGAACAAUGUUCCUCGGUCUUUGGGGAUGAACGUGUCGGUAACAGUUGAGGGAACCAUGAGCAUGUACAAACUUCCAAUUGCACCACUGAUUAUGGGCUCUCACCCAGUUGACAGCAAAGGAACUCCGUCCUUCUCCUCCAUCACCAGUGCCAACAGCGUGGAUUUACCGGCUUGUUUCUUCCUGAAAUUCCCACGUCCCAUUCCCGUGUCUCGUGCUUUCAUUCAGAAGCUCCAGGGCUGCACAGGUAUUCCCUUGUUCGACACCCCACCGACGUUUGUGCCCUUGUAUGAGUUGAUCACCCAGUUUGAAUUAUCCAAGGAGGCUGAUCCUCUACCCUUAAACCACAACAUGCGCUUCUAUGCAGCUCUUCCAGGACAGCAGCACUGUUACUUUCUGAACAAAGAUGCUCCUCUCCCAGAUGGAAGAAGCCUUCAAGGAACUCUGAUCAGUAAAAUCGCCUUCCAGCACCCGGGGCGGGUUCCUCUCAUCCUCAAUCUGAUCCGACAUCAGGUGGCCUACAACACCCUGAUUGGCAGCUGUGUCAAGAGAACAGUUCUGAAGGAAGAUUCUCCUGGGAUCCUGCAGUUUGAAGUUUGUCCUCUCUCUGACUCCUGUUUUAGUGUGUCCUUCCAGCAUCCCGUGAAUGACUCCCUGGUGUGUGUGGUAAUGGAUGUGCAAGACUCCACUCACGUGAACUGUAAGCUCUACAAAGGGCUGUCCGAUGCUCUUAUCUGCACAGAUGAUUUCAUUGCCAAAGUUGUUCAAAGGUGUAUGUCCAUCCCCGUCACCAUGAGAGCAAUUCGUAGAAAAGCAGAAACCAUUCAAGCCGACACACCAGCCUUGUCCCUCAUUGCAGAGACAGUAGAAGACAUGGUGAAGAAAAACCUCCCCCCAGCCAGCAGCCCAGGGUACGGCAUGACCACAGGCAGCAACCCAAUGAGUGGUACCACUACCCCAACCAACACUUUUCCUGGGGGGCCCAUCACUACUUUGUUUAACAUGAGCAUAAGCAUGAAAGAGAGGCAUGACUCGGUGGGCCAUGGGGAGGACUUCAGCAAAGUAUCUCAGAACCCUAUUCUCACUAGUUUGUUGCAGAUCACAGGGAAUGUGGGCUCGACCAUUGGCUCAAGUCCAACCCCUCCCCACCACACCCCACCACCAGUAUCCUCACCAGCAAGCAACACCAAGAACCACCCCAUGCUCAUGAACCUUCUUAAAGAGAAUCCCCCUCAGGAUUUCUCCACUCUGUACGGGAGCAGCCCUUUGGAAAGGCAGAACUCUUCCUCGGGCUCCCCUAGAAUGGAAAUGGGCCCUGGGGGGAAUAAACAAAAGAAAAAAAAAUCCCGCAUGCCGGCCGACAAACCCAAACAUCAGACUGAGGAUGAUUUCCAGAGGGAGCUCUUUUCGAUGGAUGUUGACUCCCAGAAUCCCAUUUUUGAUGUCAACAUGACGGCAGACACCCUGGACACCCCUCACAUUACUCCAGCUCCCAGCCAGUGCAGCACUCCUCCCACCACCUACCCCCAGCCCAUACCUCACUCCCAGCCCAGUAUUCAGAGGAUGGUUCGACUCUCCAGCUCGGACAGCAUCGGGGCCGACGUUACCGAUAUCCUUUCGGAUAUAGCAGAGGAGGCUUCCAAACUCCCCACCACCAACGAGGACUGUCCACCCAUUGGGACUCCGGUGAGAGACUCUUCUAGUUCAGGCCAUUCCCAAAGUGCCCUCUUCGACCCGGAUGUUUUUCAGACCAACAACAGCGAGAACCCCUACACGGACCCCGCAGACCUGAUCGCGGACGCUGCCGUGAGCCCCAACAGUGAUUCUUCCAACCAUUUUUUUCCUGACGGAGUAGAUUUCAAUCCCGACUUGCUCAACAGUCAGAGUCAGAGUGGCUUUGGGGAGGAGUAUUUUGAUGAGAGUAGUCAGAGUGGAGACACUGACGAUUUCAAGGGCUACGCGUCCCAGGCUCUGUCUACUUUGGGGGUGCAGGUCUUGGGGGCUGAUGGGGGGGAAAAUAAAUUUAAGGGGAGCAAUCAGUCCGAUACGGUAGAUUUUAGUAUUAUUGCAGCCGCAAGCAAAGCCCUGGGGUCCUCUGACAUCAUGGAGCAUCACAGUGGAGGUCAGAGCCCUUUGCUGAAUACAGGGGAUUUAGGAAAAGAGAAGUCCCAGAAACGGGUGAAGGAAGGGAAUGGCUCUGGUGGGAACAUGGCAGGUCCCGGGAUGGAUGGGAAGCCGGGGAAGCGCAGCCGGACGCCGUCCAGUGAUGGUAAAAGUAAAGAGAAACUUCCAAAGAGGAAAAAGCAGGAGACAGAUGGGAAAUCACCAUCUCACAGUUCAUCAAACAGGCCUUUCACGCCACCAGCCAGCACAGGUGGGUCCAAAUCUCCAGGGAGUUCGGGCAGAUCUCAGACUCCUCCCGGUGUAGCUACUCCUCCUAUUCCAAAAAUAACCAUCCAGAUCCCCAAAGGAACAGUGACUGUUGGCAAACCGUCUUCGCACGGCCAGUAUACCAGUAGUGGCUCCGUCACCUCCUCCAGCAGCAAAAGCCAUCACAGCCAUUCUUCUUCCUCCUCCUCUUCUUCCUCCUCUUCGACCUCAGGCAAAAUGAAAAGCAGCAAAUCGGAAGGGUCUUCUGGCUCAAAGAUGAGCAGCAGCCUCUACUCAAGCCAAGGGGGCUCGGGUUCGGGUCAGUCCAAAAGCUCGGCGCAGUCGGUGGGAAAGCCUGGAUCCUCCCCCAUCACCAAACACGGCCUCAGCAGCGGCUCCGGAGGUACCAAGAUGAAACCUCAAGGAAAACCAUCGUCGCUUAUGAACCCUUCCAUGAGUAAACCAAACAUCUCUCCAUCUCAUUCCAGACCUUCAGGGGGUUCUGACAAGCUUGCUUCUCCCAUGAAACCUGUCCCAGGUACUCCCCCAUCAUCUAAAGCCAAGUCACCCAUCAGUUCAGGUUCUGGAGGCUCCCAUAUGUCUGGGACCGGCUCAAGCUCAAGUAUGAAAUCGUCUUCAGGAAUGGGAUCCUCUGGGUCUAUGUCACAGAAACCGCCUCCUUCAUCCAAUUCGUCCACGGCGUCUUCAUCUUCCUUUUCAUCUAGUGGGUCUUCCAUGUCUUCAUCCCAAAACCAGCAUGGAAGUUCCAAAGGCAAGUCUCCGAGCAGAAACAAGAAGCCAUCUCUGACUGCGGUCAUCGACAAACUGAAACACGGGGUUGUCACUAGCGGGCCUGGUGGAGAUGACCCCAUGGAUGGACAGAUGGGGCCAAGUUCCAAUUCCUCAAGCCAUACGAUGUCCUCCAAACACAACAUGUCUGGAGGGGAGUUCCAGGGCAAACGGGAGAAGAGCGACAAAGAGAAAUCUAAAGUCUCUGUUUCUGGAGGAUCUGUUGACUCUUCCAAGAAGACUUCAGAUUCCAAAAACGUUGGAAGCACUGGAGUGGCCAAAAUCAUCAUCAGCAAACACGAUGGUGGUUCCCCCAGCAUCAAAGCCAAAGUAACCUUGCAGAAACCCGGGGAAGGAGGUGGGGACAGCCUGCGGCCUCAGAUGGCUUCUUCCAAAAGCUACGGGUCCCCCCUCAUCAGCGGAUCCACCCCGAAACACGAGCGCUGCUCUCCCAGCCACAGCAAAUCCCCGGCCUACACUCCCCAAAACAUAGACAGCGAGAGCGAGUCGGGCUCUUCCAUAGCAGAGAAAUCCUACCAGAACAGCCCCAGCUCUGACGACGGCAUCAGGCCUCUGCCGGAAUAUAGCUCAGAAAAACACAAAAAGCACAAAAAGGAGAAGAAAAAAGUAAAAGACAAAGACCGGGAUAGAGACAGGGAGCGAGAUAAAGACAGAGACAAGAAGAAAUCUCACGGCAUGAAGCCGGAGAGCUGGUCCAAGUCCCCCAUUUCUGCUGAGCAGUCUCUCUCCAUGGCCAGCAGCACCAUCCUCUCGGCCGAGCGACCGGCCCGGGCCAGCCCUGAGUUUCUCAUCGGGGAAGAAGAUGACGAUCUCAUGGAUGUUGCUCUAAUUGGCAAUUAAUUUCCCUGGUCUCUUGAGGAGCUGAGCUUGGACAUGGGACCUGCAGGUUCUCGAGAUUGGGAGGAAGGAACCGUUCAUUGCAGAACCUGCCACGCUCAUUUUUACGGGGUGUGUUUGAAGAGGAAAAAAACCCAAACAAAUAGUAUUUUUAAGGAUCUCCAAAGUCUGAGCAGAAGGUGUGAGUGCCAGCAGCUCCGUCGGCAGAGCAGGUUCCCCGCUGUGGCCUUCAUCCCGUGGACACUUACACUCAUUCUUAAUUUAUAAGUAUUAAUCACCCCGUCAGAGUUAAUGGGGAUAGAGCUGCGUGUGUAGGUGCAGGAGCAGCCCCCGACGUGGUGCAAACAGGAGGCGGCGAUUCUGGGAGAGCCCGAGUUCCUCUGCCCCCCCUUCCCAUCCCAAAUAAGUUGCUUUUGGUUUUUAGGAAGUUUUAAACUGAUUAUUUUAGGGUGUGUUUUAGGGUUGGGUUUUAUUCUUUUUUUUAAAGGGUGGCUGGAAGGAAAAAAGAAAAAAAGGAAAAGGUUUUUUAAUUUAUUUUUGUGGCAUUUCUUGGUUCAAUGCCUGAUUCGGUGCGGUGCUGAGGAGCUUCCUCUUCCUCUGAUAGGAGCUGCUCUGUGGGAUCGGGCACUGGAUCCUGAUGGAUAUCAGCAUUUUAUUCCAGGUCCCAGGGACGAAGGAUUCGCUCUCUUACGUUUGACUUCCCUUUUAUUUUAGCUAUUUAUUGACGGCCGGAUCCAAAUGCCUUGUGCUGCUUGUUUCCACGCAGCAACCCCCCCCCCCACACACACACACCUUUUGAUUGCCCAGUGCAGAGCCCAAAAAGGGACUUGGGGAUGUGGGGGGGAGCCUGUGGAUUUGGGCAAACCCCCCCUUGUAGCUUUGGUGAAGUUGGGGGGAUUCUGGCAGGCGUUGGAGAAGGCGAAAACAGCGACGGGACUCACCCUCUUCACCCGAGCGACGCUUCCUUGUGAGCCCAGUGAACAGAGCUUCCCUGGAACUCCCCCCCCCACAAAAGCUGUUUUUUGGGGGGCUCUGGACUGUCAGCCCUGCACCCCCUGCUCCCGCCAGCGCUUCAGAGCCGUGCUCCCUUCGUGGCCACCGCCAAUACUUCCAUUAGCAGACCCCAAAAACGGGCCUUGGCUUUGCAAUCCCAGCCCUGCAGGGUUCUGCUGGGGGUUUUGAUUUAUGGGUUGGUGUGGGUUUUUUUCCUGUUAACUCUGGGACGGUGGUUUUUUGGGGACACAGACGAGCGGUGCCCUCUCUCUCGGGCAGCGUGAACCGGCCGCGUCCCGGCGUUACCCCCCGACCGGUCCCUCCGGGUGAGAGCUGCACCAGAAACAGCAAUUCCCUUAAAAGACACAUUUUCUCCCCUUUUGGCUGGAAUUAAGAGCGUGACUCAGGCACCCUCUGCGGGCCCCGAAAGGAAAAAAAAGACUCGGGAGAGCGUUUUUAUUUUUAAAAGCAGUUAGAUCUGAUUCACUGAAGAAGGAAAUGGAGAGUCCUGCGAGCUCCUCAGCUUUUGAAUCAUGUACCGAGUGAUUCCUGCUCCCCUCGGAUCUGGAUUUGUGGAUUCCUGGAGGCUGGGAGUAUCCCUGUGGGAAUGGGAUUGUCCUUGGAGUUUGGGGAUGAAAAGAAGAGAAGGAUUUUUAAGUUUUCUUUGAAGCCACGGAGGUUUCCAGUCCUGUGUCCAUCCCGACCCUGGGCGGGCUGUUCCUUUUCUGGCUCAUCCAAAGCCGGAGCGAGAUCUUUUCCGUAGGGUGGCAACUAUUCAUUGUAGGGAUUUUUCACCUCUUCCUCCUGCUUUUUGCUCAAUUCCAGGUCUCCAGCAGAAUGGAGGAGCUGGAAUUUCUCCAACCCCCCCCCCAGGCUCUGGAGAACUCUCUCUUCUUCUAUUUUCCACCCUCCAUCCCUUGCUCCUUGUGGUCUGCGCCCCCCGUAGCUUCCCCCCUCCCCGGCUCUCCCUCCUUCGCAGGCUGAGGUGGUAGGAAAACGGCAAAAAAAAGUCAAAACCCAACAGUUUUAGAUCAUUUUACGGUCUAAAAGCACCCACCUGAUAAAUUCUUCUUGGAGACCCUGAUAAAUUCCUCUCGGAGACCCUGCUGCAGCCGCUGCCGUGCCUGGGGAGCGGUGCCUGCUGCCCCCCUCGGGUUUAUUUGAAAGCAGUUUAUUUGAAAGUAUUUUUAUUUGAAAGUAAAGUAUUUUUGGGGUCUUACAAAAGCCCUUUGAUACCGUCUGGGUUGCACAAAGGCCUGAACCCCCUGCGAAGAGAAGAGGAAUUGAGGCUGGGGGGGUCGUAAUGGACUCGGCACCAACCGGAGACGGGUUUUAAGGGGGGAGAAAAAGUCAGAAUUAAAUCCCCUCGGGCGUCGGAAUUGACACAAAAUGGCAUUUUUAAGGCAAAAGCUGCCGGUUUCUCUCGGCUUCCCUUCUCUGCUCCCCCCACACCGAAGUUCCAUAUCCUGAAUUUCCCCCCCCGCACGGAGCAGAGACGGAGGGAACAGCCUCUCCCCCCCCAUCACCAUCGUGGCACCCGUUUCGAGCUUUUUUCACCCCAUUUUGGUGCG